AUGACUAACAUACCUGAUUCUUUUCUUGGCAGGCCACCACGACCCGACCUUGCGGCUCACUUAUGCAGUAUCGAUGAUCCACAGGAAAGAUGGAGGAAUCUGGAUAGCUCUCCCGCCGUAGAGAUUGAUACCCUUUCAUUAACAAACAAAGGAGAAGGGUUGCACGGUCCUGCUAUAACCAACCCCGGCAAUCCAACCAUGGACAAGCUGAACAUUUACCCCACUACUCACGCUCGACUACUCCUUCAUUGCUCACCCACAGACAACCCCUACUUCACUCAACAGAAACCGAAACGACCUCUAUCUUCAUGGGUUCUCUUCGACAAGGACUUCGUGAGAUGGUAUUCUCGCCUGGUUGCUGAUGAAACCACUGUUGCUCAAUGGAGGGAUGCAGGCAUAGAUCGUUUCUUAUCUCUAUGCGCCAAUCUCCCUCAACCAGAUGUAGAUCUAUUCAAGGCUGCCAUAUGCUUCUGGUUUACCGAAUCCAACAGCUUCAUAUUUCCACUGGGGACCAUGACUAUCACCCUACUUGAUCUCGUCACACUAACUGGUCUCUCAAGAUGCCGACCUCCCGCCGUCGCUAGAACUCCUUUCAGCCCCAACAACCCCAGUCAUUUUGAUCGCUCCUAUCGCUCUAUUUACAACACUAAUUCCCAAGCCAACCCCGCGGCACCGGUCACGGACAAGGAGCGAGCAUACUUGAUUCACCACUGGCUAAAUAAAUUCAUUCUUUGCCUUGGCAGCAGCAAACUCGUGCAAGAUACCGAGACUUCCUCUGAGAUUUCUGCUAGACGAUGCGUCAACCUUGCGGAAUUUGUGAUGUGUCAUCUCUACAAGGGCUUGUAUUUGACCGUCAAACAAAUCAAAAGGCCACUGCGAAGAGGGAAGUUACCGGCGCUGGCCCCCUUUGGCUAG